AUGAAUGGAGAUAAACUUCAAUGUGUUUCGAAUUCAUCGUGUUCAACGUAUACCGCAUUAAGUGCUAAUGGAUAUUGCACCGAUUACAGUAUGCUUAUUGAUACCAGUUCAAGUCAAAUCUCAGACGUCGAAAUAAUUAAUAUGGAUUCGACAUUUUGUAUAGCUUAUCGAGGUUCAACAUGGCCGGGCAUUAUAACAAACAGUUGUGGUUUCAGUUGUUAUGUUGACAGCGCGAGAUGGUCUUUGGGUUGCUGUCUUGAUUUAACAACACAGGAGGAUGGUUUUAUUAAUUCAGCACCGGUGGCAACAGCCAUUUCACCGAUUUAUGUGCCGACGAAUACGAUAAACGUCAUAACAAUACCGGCUACUGAUGCGGACGAUGAUAACUUACGUUGUCGUUGGGCGAGUAAUACUUCAUUAUUUGACGAAUGUGGUGAUAUUUGUGGAAUAGCUUCUGGAUGUACACUUUACGAAGAAAACUGUACACUAGUAUUUAAUAGUACAGGAAAACAAACGGGUAAUUAUUAUGCUGUAGCAUUAAUGGUCGAAGAUUUCUACAAUGACACGAAUAGUACAAGUUUAAGUAGUGUUUCAAUACAGUUUCUAAUUCAUAUUGUUGCGAAACCUACAUGUUAUUCGAAACCGACCAUUUCGUUGAAUUCAUCAAUUAAUACAACUUUAGAAGUUGGAACGGAGUACUCCUUCACUUUCAUCAUUAAGACAAACUGUUGA